GUCCCCGACAAGAUGGCGACACAACAAUCUCCACAGGGUCCCUAAGUCUGUUCGACGGAAGUUGUCUCUUUGUCGCUCAAGAUGGCGGCUGGCAUGUACCUGGAGCAUUAUUUGGACAGUAUAGAAAAUCUGCCAUUUGAGCUCCAGAGGAACUUCCAGCUGAUGAGAGAUCUUGACCAGAGAACAGAAGAUCUGAAGUGUCACAUAGACCGUCUGUCCUGUCAGUAUAUGAGCAGCGCCCGGACAAUGAGCUCAGAGGAAAAGCUGCAGCUCCUCAGACAAGUGCAGGAGUCGUACAGUAAAUGCAAGGAAUAUGGAGACGAUAAAGUGCAGCUGGCCAUGCAGACGUAUGAGAUGGUUGACAAACACAUUCGGAGGUUGGACACAGACCUCGCUCGCUUUGAAGCUGAUCUGAAAGAGAAGCACAUUGAAUCCAGUGACUAUGACAGCUGCUCCAGCAAAGGCAAAAAGAAAGGCAGAGGUCAGAAGGAGAAGAAAGCCCCUAAGGUCCGAUCAAAGGUGAAGAACUCUGAUGACGAGACAACAAAGAGCGGGCAGAAGAAGAUCAAAUUGGUUCAGACGACAGAAUACGGCACUCCUGCUAGUAAUUUCGGGAAAGUGCACCCUUCUGACGUUUUGGAUAUGCCUGUGGACCCCAAUGAGCCCACGUACUGCCUGUGCCACCAGGUGUCAUACGGAGAGAUGAUUGGAUGUGACAAUCCUGAUUGCUCCAUCGAAUGGUUUCAUUUUGCUUGUGUCGGACUUGCUACAAAGCCUCGUGGAAAAUGGUACUGCCCCCGCUGCUCUCAGGAGAGGAAGAAGAAAUGAGGUGCUCCGCAGAGGCUCCCUAUGGGAAGAGGGCAGCGAGUAUAAGGGCCUGGGUGCUACCUGCUUCAUUUUCUGUAUCCUAGGACAGUUACAGAUCACGUCAGUAUUAGAAGUUACCUCCAGGUGCUAUUGUAUUGCUGUGCAUGAGGAGGGAACACUCUCAUCGUGACAUCAUGAGACCAGCUGAGCGUCACUAGAGGCCCCUCUAAAUGCAGCCUCGGCCUUGUCAUUCAUGCUGGAUCCUGUCCUUCCUGCCUCGGCUUCAUCCCUUCCAUUUUAAUAACUGCUCCAAAAUGUAAUGUAUCUCGUUCCAUCUCUCUAGAGGACACUUGGUGCUCUCUCCCCUCCUCUGAAUAUAUGAACUACCUCCAGAUAAUGUUCUGUAUCUGCCCCAUUUAUUUACAUUUUUAUUUUCUACAUUCUGUUA